CCGACCCUCUCUAGUCUCCUAUAUAUUACCAGUAAUCCCAUCAGAUCCUAAUACACACAAAAAUUCGCAAAACCCUCCCUAGAAAUCCUAGCCGCUCCUAGCGUUCCUUAGUAGUUUCCCAACAAACCCAGUGAAUCCAAGAGCUUUGUCAGUCAUGGCCAUCCUCUCUGAUUAUGAAGAGGAUCAGCAGCCUCAACAAUCUUCUUCUUCUUCCUUGUCUUCUAAGAAAGACAUCAUUCUUGCUGAGAAAGAAGCCGAUGCCACAGCCAAAAAGCCAGAGGAUGAGAAGAAGCAGCAGAAAGAGAACAAACUUGUUCCCAACAAAGACAACGGCCUAGAUAUGGAGAAUUAUUCAUGGGGUCAAUCCCUUCAAGAAGUCACUGUUAACGUCCCAGUCCCACAAGGCACUAAAUCCAGCCUUCUCUUGUGUGACAUAAAGACGAACUCUUUGAAGGUUGGGCUCAAGGGUCAGCCUCCAAUCAUCGAUGGAGAGCUAUUCAAGCCUGUGAAAGUUGACGAUUGUAUUUGGAGUUUGGAGGAUAAGAAGAUGAUCACUAUUCUUAUUUGCAAGAGAGAUCAGAGCGAGUGGUGGAAAUCUUUGUUGAAGGGUGAUCCAGAGAUUGACACACAGAAAGCUGAACCAGAGCCAAGCAAGUUGUCUGACUUGGACUCUGAGACCCGUUCUGCUGUGGAGAAGAUGAUGUUUGAUCAGAGGCAGAAACAGAUGGGACUUCCAACAAGCGAUGAGAUCCAAAAAGAACAGUUGAUGAAACAAUUCAUGGCUCAGAAUCCCAACAUGAAAUUCCCCCCGGGAGCUAAGUUCAUGUGAGAUUAAGAAGACAAAGAAAGAUCUAAUCUUUUUAGUUAUAAGCAGUUCUAAUUUUUAUUGCUUUAGUUUAGGAUUAAGGAUAUGUUUACAAAAUUUUAAGCAUGUGAUCAUGUGCUAUUCAAUAUCAAUUGUGGGCUUUUUAGAUUUA